AUGGCAAGAGUCACUCUGGCUGGAGAUUCUAACAAUGAUAAAUUGAACUUACCAGAAGAUGUUAUUAUUCCUUACAUGGUCUAUCUGCAGUCCAGCCCAGAACCCUGUGUGGGGUCACUCAUUCACCCCGAGUGGGUACUGACAGCGGCUCACUGCCCCUUGCCCGUAAAAAUCCGGCUGGGAGUUUAUCAACUCAGCAUCAAAAAUAAGAAAGAGCAGAUAUGCAACUACUCAUUGACUGUGCCCUACCCUGGAUUCAAUGCACUAUCUCUGGAAAAUGACCUGAUGAUGAUAAAACUGUCCAAGGCAGCUGCACUCAACGCCCACGUGGGAACUGUAGCCAUAGGGCUGGAACCCUUAGCGUCCAAUGAUUCCUGCUUUAUCCCCACCUGGACCUGGAAUCAAUACAAAAACCUAAGCGACCCUGACCUCCUGACUUGGAUAAACCAACAUUCUCUUCCCGUCAGUGACCGCCAGAAUAUGCUUGCCCAAAGAAUGGCAGUAGUAAACAUCGUGUGGGUGGGACAACCUCUCAACAGCUUCUCUGAAACUCAGGAGGUUGCUGCUGCUCCAGCCAUCUGUGGUGGGAGGUUGCAUGGAAUCUUGUCCUGGGCCAAUGGAAGUGUCACCUUGGGAAGUGAAGGGUUCUUCACAGAAGUUCGUCACUACACAAGAUGGAUUAUGAAAGUCAUUAAUACCUACUGA